AGUAGCCGGUCAUGGCGGCGGUGUGUGUUUGUCCAUGAGGUGAGGGACAUAAUUCUUGCCGUCUGUGACAGAGCGAACCGAGCGCGGCGCUGCCAUGGCUGGAGUGUUUGACAUUGAUUUGGACCAGCCGGAGCAAAAUCUCUCUGAUGACGAGACUGACGAGGCACAAAUCAAUGACAUCAUGGACCAGUGCAGCGGAUUUGAAUUCAACAUGGAAGGUUGUGAGAAGAUCGAGAUAUCAGAGGACAAUGUCAAUCAGGGGACUGAGAAUAUUAGGCCAGAGUGUUUUGAAUUGUUAAGAGUUCUGGGUAAAGGCGGUUAUGGAAAGGUUUUUCAAGUUCGAAAAGUCGUCGGCGCUGCUUCAGGCAAAAUAUUUGCCAUGAAAGUCUUAAAAAAGGCAAUGAUUGUACGCAACGCCAAAGACACAGCCCACACCAAGGCAGAAAGGAACAUCCUGGAGGAGGUGAAGCAUCCUUUCAUCGUCGAUCUCAUCUAUGCCUUUCAGACAGGCGGGAAGCUGUACCUCAUCCUGGAGUACCUGAGCGGAGGAGAACUGUUCAUGCAGCUGGAGAGGGAAGGCAUUUUCAUGGAAGACACAGCCUGUUUCUACCUAGCAGAGAUCUCCAUGGCUCUGGGCCACCUUCACCAGAAGGGCAUCAUCUACAGAGACCUAAAGCCUGAGAACAUCAUGCUAAACAAUCAAGGUCAUGUCAAGUUAACAGAUUUUGGACUGUGCAAAGAGUCGAUUCAUGACGGUACAGUCACCCACACUUUCUGUGGUACCAUUGAAUACAUGGCACCAGAGAUCUUAAUGCGAAGUGGACAUAACAGAGCUGUAGACUGGUGGAGUCUGGGUGCUCUGAUGUAUGACAUGCUUACUGGGGCGCCGCCGUUCACUGGCGAAAACCGAAAAAAGACCAUUGAUAAAAUCUUGAAGUGCAAGCUCAGCCUCCCACCCUACCUCACACAGGAAGCAAGAGACCUCCUGAAACGGUUGCUGAAGAGAAAUGCCUCAUCGCGGUUGGGGGCGGGUGCAGGGGAUGCCACAGAGGUGCAGGCACAUCCCUUCUUCCGACACAUUAACUGGGAGGAUUUGCUGGCUCGUAAAGUGGAGCCUCCCUUCAAACCUUUCCUGCAAUCAGCUGAAGAUGUGAGUCAGUUUGACUCUAAAUUCACUAGUCAGACGCCAGUAGACAGCCCUGAUGACUCGACACUUAGUGAGAGUGCCAAUCAAGCUUUCCUGGGGUUUACGUAUGUGGCUCCUUCAGUCCUGGAAAAUAUCAAAGAGAAGUUCUCCUUUGAGCCAAAAAUCCGUUCACCUCGACGAUUCAUCGGCAGCCCGAGAACGCCUCUCAGCCCAGUGAAAUUUUCAGGCGGGGACUGUUGGCCGCGGAGUGCCCUGCUCCCCAGCGGUGGGCCGAGUGUCCUCCAGUCUCCUCAGGAACAGGCCAUGGAAGUCUCCACCCCGGAGCAGAUGGAUGUGACCACCAACUCUGAAGCCUCAGCCCCUCUUCCAAUUCGCCAGCCUGCUGGGGUUAACCUGGCUCAGAUGAAGCAGCAAGCGUACCCUGUUGUGGCCAAACGGCCCGAGCAUUUACGUAUGAACUUAUGACCCAGCUCACAUCCUUAAGUUUAUUUCUUGACUUUUUCAUUAUGUUGAUAUUUUUAAGAAGCAAAAAGGCUAGAGACAAUGCCAAUCAAAUCUUACCCAUCCACACACUACGUGCUGUCAAAGCCUGGCGGUGGAACGCUGGCCCGGGAUGCCAGCGUGCCUUGGUCCAUUUAGACAGUGUUACGGUCUCGCAUUGUCGUUGCGAGAUUUCUUCACAUUUGACCCCCUCCCACCACAGCCCACAAAUGUCCAGACCUGGAGAUGUUCUAAGGAGCUAAAUGAGAUUUGUGCAAAAUUCUGCUGUACAAGAAGACAUCCAAGAAGUUACUCAUGUUGCUUGGAAACAUAAAUUACGUUUAUUGUACAAAACAGAUAUAUUGAUGGCUUCAGCUUUCAUCUAAUGCUAUGCAUAAAUUAUGAAUCGGAGAGCCAAAAUUAAAAA